CAAAACUUGAGGUUUGAAUGAAUGACCUUGAGAGAGGAUACAUCCGCGAGUGUCAACAAUUGUUUACGAUUUAAGGUUGCAAUCGGCUACUGCGUGCUAUAACUUGAAGGCGUGAUACCGUUAUGGUAGAACUACAAAAGACGUAAUUUAAAUUUUGAUCCGACCAUUGUACAUUUGAUUAGAUGGACAAUGUCGCAUGUGAUUCCUACUGUGUGCAUAUUGCCUUUAAUCCCAUCAUGGGUUUGGAUGAGGAUAUUGAAGCAUUUACUGAAGAAUUCGCCGAUCUUGGGAGUCCUCGUUUUGUAGAUUUCGUGGAACUUUGGAAAAAACACAAAAUGAUUCAUUUAAUCCAUGGGAGACAAAACCAACAUGGCUUAUAUGAUAUAAUUGGUUGCAUUUUUCAUCGGUUGGUUAAUCUUUUUCAGCCAACCUUAUCUAAAAACAAGCUAGUUCGUAUAUGCGCACUGUACCUUCUCUAUGCUUUCCAUGGGAAACAGCCUAUUCAUAAGCAUGUUCGUAUACGUGUUUGUCCUGAAAGUUGGCCUUGGAUCUUACAAGUUGCAACGGAGGCUCGUGAUGAAGGUCACUUAGAUGUUUAUUAUGUUUUUCGAAAGCUAUGUGCUGCCAAUGCAUUUUUAUUUUGCGCGAUGCGGCAAGUGUUGUACCCCGGAGCCCCUCUUUUUGACAGUCCUGCUUUGAACCAAGAGGACUUUACAGAAGACAAUGCUGCCUCACCAGCUGAAUAUUCACCUGAUGUUGCAAAAACUACUCCCACUUAUCGACGUGACCUACUCACUUAUUCUCUACCUGUUGUAAAAGCUCUUCAGACUCCUUCUUCGGGAUUAAAUCAAACGGUACAGUGUUUAAAUAUGAGUUUGUCGAGAUAUGCUGAAGCUAAACGAUUACUUACACAAAAAGUCAAAAUAACUGAUGAGAACAUUGCUUCGGACUCAUCGAAAACACAAGAGACUGAGGGAGUUGAAGAUUCAGAGGAAGAAUAUUUGCCAGGCUUAAAUCUCGUAACCUUCCCUGAUUCACUAAGUCGUAUUGAAAUGCUUGCAAUGGAAUUGGAGAACUCAGCCAAACAAAACUGCCUUAAAAGUCGUUUUAUUCCUCGCAAAAAGUCCAGUAUUCAUGAUCAUUCAGUUAAAGAAUCUCCUUCAGCGAACGUAGGAAUUUCCGCAAUUGAAAAUCUUUUCGAAACACCACGCACUGGUAUAGUUGUAGGUGCUAGAUUAAUCGACAGUAAAACAAAAGGUUGUAAAAUUGUUGAGAACAAGUCAGUCUCACAAUCUUCUGACAAUCAACAAAUUAGUAAACAGUCAUGUAGUCAAUCACCCUCAAAAAUUACUACUUCAGAUUCUUCUAUAAAGUCUGAAGAAACAACCGAUGUAAAAGAAGCUGUUAGUUGGGGUGAAAGACUUCGACUCCUAAAAAGACCUUCAACUUGGGCUAAAGAAUUAGCGGAGCAGGCAGAAAGUGUGUACAAGGAUGGUUGUCGCCGAAGUAGACGACGUCCAACAGAACCCAAGGUUAUUACUGCAUCUACAAGUAAAAAACAACAACGAAAAUCCCUAAGAUAGAUUAUGUUUUUUCUGUUGAUCUUUGUACAUUUUUUGUAUUUCUCUCGAAACUAUUUCUAAAUAAAAUUGACAAAUUGUUUGAGAAAUAA